CCUUUCGGUUUUUACGCACGGCGAACCAUUAAUGCCUCUUUGGCACAGUUGAGUUUUUACGCGUUUGUGAGCAUUCCGCGUGACCAUGACUCUCUCCAGUAAAUUUGAAGCUUCACUACAUGUCGCUUCGCCUCUGGAAGAGGAUGAGAUCGACAUAGUGGGCGAGGAUGAGCCAGGCCACGGGCGUUUAUACCGAAACCAGUGCUCCACGGACGCCGGGUCCUCAGCAGAAUCUGGAGCCGAGUUUGACUCUUCUGAACCAGACUCCUCGGGGGAGAGCGAGAACAGUUUCUGCGCAGACGCACCGCAGUCCAGGAAAGUCCAGAGCAGCUCCGUGAAGCCUCCCUACUCCUACAUUGCCCUCAUCACCAUGGCCAUCCUGCAGAGCCCGGUGAAGAAGCUGACGCUGAGCGGCAUCUGUGACUUCAUCAGCAACAAGUUUCCCUACUACAGAGACAAGUUCCCCGCUUGGCAGAACUCCAUCAGGCACAACCUCUCCCUUAACGACUGCUUCAUCAAGAUCCCAAGGGAGCCUGGAAACCCGGGCAAAGGUAACUACUGGUCUCUGGACCCUGCCUCUGAGGACAUGUUCGACAACGGCAGCUUCCUUCGGCGGAGGAAGCGCUUCAAGAGAAACCAGCCCGAGCUUGGCAAAGACGGACUUAUGUUUUAUUCCAACUUGAACUGCUACCGGCCGUACGGGCAACCAUAUUGCGUACAAGGCCAGGUAAGCCCCCCGCCUGCUGCUCCUAUCCGGUACAUGCCUGUACAGGAGGGCAUCAUGAUGCCUCCGUCUUCCUAUCACCUUCCACCACAAACUUUGAACAGUCACGGGAAGUGCAGUGGGCCUAAAGACUUCAGAGCGCAGCUUUGCGCAACAGAACCAGCUGAGCCAAAGCCUGGCCCGCAGGCAAAGUGCUCCUUCAGCAUUGACAGCAUCAUGAGCAAACCAUCUCCCAUCAGUGCACACAACCCAAAUCCACUGCAGAGCCCUCGCAGCGCUCUAGGAUACGGUCAUCUCAUGUCGGGCCCUGCUGCCUGCUUGGUGCCGACUCUCCUGCAGGCUCCCAGGACUCCAUUCUGCCCCCCUGCCAUGCUGAGCACUGCUCCUUUAAGGAACGAGCAUCUCAGACUCUCUUACCAUCACUGCUGAAGCCUUUACAGUAUCUAUUAGUUUGAUGCUCUGUGAAGACACGUUGGUGUAGCUCAUUUCUUAAAGAAAUAUUCUGAUUGCAUGAUAUUUAUGUGCGUUGACGUUCAAAGUCUUAAA